AGGAAUGCUUCCGCACAGUGCCCGGAGCGGAAAUCAUACGGCGCGGGUCUGGUUUUUUUAGUACCAGGUUUGAGCGAUAGACGGCGUGUUCCGUCCGGCCCUGAGCUCCUGGGAGGGGGGAAUGAGCCGGGGCGAAAGACCUUGUCAGGGAAGAGUCCUGAAUUCACGGCGGCUGGGGAGACAUCUGUAAUACCGCCAAGACGCUCACUCGUGUCUUAGAACAGAAACAACCCCGCUUUUAGCCGUGCACUUUCCAGACGGAGGAAAUAACCACACCGAGACUGGGACAAAGCGACUGUCUCUCUCCCGGAAAAUUCGGUUGUUUUUGUUUUAUUUAUAUCUGUUCUAUUUUCAAGAGGAGCUUUAGACCGACAAAUCCGAACCUGACAGGUCGAAGAUAUUCUCUAAUCCGAGGACGUAACCACCAGUUAGCUUGCUAACUAGCUCAGCGUUUUUUCACCUAAAUGGGAAGCUAAAGGCAGACCAUUUAUCUUCGCAGCGUGACAUCCAGCUGGUCGUUCUCUGAUGCUCUGUCUGAAGCCGAGGCAUCUCUCUUUCCCCGGUGCAUAUUUCGGCGGAAGGGGAACCCGCACUGGACGGGGUCUGCGUGGCGCGCUACAGUAAGGUUAGCUAUGCUUUUUCCGCGCUAGACAUUGUGAUAUUUGCACACCACGGUGCGCCAGGAUUAUAGACGGCUGGGCAAGACACCAACAUCAUAGGCUGAGGACAACUUCAACUUUCGGUCCUGGGAACGCCGUGGAAUACCUGCUCUCCGGCGGAUUCUGGCAACGCUGUGGAAUACGUGGGCGCUGGCACUAUGAUGUUUGGUCGAUGAGAUCACCAACAGCGGCUUGAGGCGCCUGGGCUCGAACCCUCCCGCUGGAUUUCUUCUGAAGCCGGCCGACUGCGCCCCCCCAGCCCCCCUCACCCCCCAUCCCCACCCCCUCAGCUCAACAUGCUGAUCAAGGAGUACCGCAUCCCCAUGCCCAUGAGCGUGGAGGAGUACCGCAUCGCCCAGCUCUACAUGAUACAGAAGAAGAGCCGGGAGGAGACGUGCGGGGAGGGCAGCGGGGUGGAGAUCCUGGAGAACCGGCCGUACACGGACGGGCCGGGCGGCUCGGGCCAGUACACGCACAAGGUGUACCACAUCGGCAUGCACAUCCCCAGCUGGUUCCGCUCCAUCCUGCCCAAGGCCGCCCUGCGCGUGGAGGAGGAGUCCUGGAACGCCUACCCGUACACCCGCACGCGGUACACCUGCCCCUUUGUGGAGAAGUUCUCCAUCGACAUCGAGACCUACUACAAGCCCGACACGGGGAACCAGGUGGACGUCUUCAACCUGUCGCCUGCCGAGCGGAGGCAGCGCACGCUAGACCCCAUCGACAUCGUGAAGGACCCCAUCGCCCCCCACGAGUACCUGGCGGAGGAAGAUCCCCGGCUCUACCGGUCACUGAAGACCAAGCGGGGGCCGCUGACGGACGACUGGAUCCAGGACUAUGACAACGACCCCGGGAAGAUACCCAUAAUGUGCGCCUACAAGCUGUGCAAGGUGGAGUUCCGCUACUGGGGCAUGCAGUCCAAGAUCGAACGCUUCAUCCACGACGUCGGACUGCGGAAGGUGAUGGUUCGAGCGCACCGGCAGGCCUGGUGCUGGCAGGAUGAGUGGUACGGCCUGACCAUGGAGGACAUCCGGCAGCUGGAGCUGGAGACGCAGCUGAUGCUGGCUCAGAAGAUGGCGCAGUUCAGCUUCCCCGAGGAGGGGGGCGAGCCCAACGGCGGCGCCCCCGCCUCCCCCGACAAGGAGCAGGACGCCAAGGAGGCCCCCGGCUCCAAGGAGGCGCCAGAGACCCCCGCCAACCCGCUGCAGAACCGCGGCGAGCUCACCAAGCAGUGGUCCACCUCCUCCCGGUCCUCCCGCUCCUCCAAGAGAGGAGGGAGCCCGUCCCGCCACAGCAUGUCGGAGUGGAGGAUGCAGAGCAUCGCGCGCGACUCUGACGACAGCACGGACGACGAGUUCUUCGACGCACACGAGGACCUGUCCGACAACGAGGAGAUCUUCGGCAAGGAGAUCACCAAGUGGAACUCCAACGACCUGAUGGACAAGAUCGAGGCGGCCGACGCGGACGAAUCCCAGGGGGACUUGUACCAGGAAACAGGUGGGGAGUACGCAGUGACUGGCAGCAGGGAGGGGCUCGGUGAGGACGGCUCUUCCCAGGAGCCCUUGCAGCCGUCUAAGAUCCACGUGCUCAUCCUGGUCCUCCACGGGGGGAACAUCCUGGACUCGGGGGCGGGGGACCAGAGCAGUAAGCAGGGCGACGUGAACACCAUCAGCACGGCGUUUGAGACGGUGAUGCGCGUGCACUACCCCACCGCGCUGGGCCGCAUCGCCAUCCGCCUGGUGCCCUGUCCCGCCAUCUGCGCCGAGCCCUUCUCCCUGGUGUCCAAUCUGAGUCCCUACAGCUAUGAUGAAGGCUGCCUCUCCAGCAGUCAGGACCACAUCCCUCUGGCCGCCCUGCCCCUGCUAGCCACCUCCUCCCCGCUCUACCAGGACGCCGUGGCAACCGUCAUCGCCCGUGCCAACCAGGUGUACGGCGACUUCAUCAAGUCCUUGGAGGGGGCCACCUUCUCAGGGCAGGUGUGUCUCAUUGGCGACUGCGUCGGCGGGAUCCUGGGCUUUGACGCUCUGAGCAGCAGCUGCCAGCCGGUGUCUGAGAGCCAGAACAGCAGCCGCCGCGGAAGUGUGGCGAGCACACACGACAGUGACCUGCUGUCCCCCGGGAUCGUGAUAAACUGCUCGGGCGGUUCCCCUCUGGAGGGCAGCAGGCACCUGAGCCGCAGCAACAUCGACAUCCCGCGCUGUGGGGCGCCCGACGACCCCCGAAAACAGCUGCCCCGCAAACGCAGCGACUCCUCCACCUACGAGCUGGACACCAUCAAGCAGCACCAGGCCUUCCUGUCCAGCCUGCACUCCAGCGUCCUGCGGAACGACCCGGGGUCCAGGAGGUCCAGCAGUAGCACCAUGCUGGAGGGGGGCGCCCUCGGGAAGCUGGAUUUCGAGGUGUCCGACUUCUUCCUGUUCGGCUCGCCCCUGGGCCUGGUCCUCGCACUGAGGAAGACUGUUAUUCCCACACUGGACGCGGACGUUAUUCAGGCUCACGGCGGAGUCUUCCUGGACAGCUCGUUCCCCUCCUCCCCCGUGAGCGCCUCCCACACCCGGGGGCCGCGGCGGGCCAGCGAGGCCAGCAUCGCCAGCCAGGUCUCCGGAAUGGCCGACAGCUACACUGUGUCCAACAUCGCCAACACACAAACAUGCCAACUUAAAAAUUCCAAAAAACUAAGCCUGCUAUCCCAGCUGGCACUGCCCUACAGUAAGUCUUCCUGUAGAAGCCCCUCCCCCAAGGCCCGCCGGAAAGCCGGGCAGAGCAGCGAUUGGCUGGAAGAGGCGGGGGAGGCGGGCUGCUUGGAUCAGAUAGAAAAGAGCAGCUCGGUGGGCUCCGAUUUCGGACUCGACCCCAUCUCCAACCUGCCGUCCCCGGACCUGCAGCUGGAUGCGGAGCAAGUUGCGGCUCGUUGGUGGGGCACCAAGCGCAUGGACUUCGCCCUGUACUGCCCGGAUGCGCUGACCGCCUUCCCCACCAUCGCCCUGCCCCACCUCUUCCACGCCUCCUACUGGGAGUCCACCGACGUGGUGUCCUUCCUGCUCCGACAGGUGAUGAGGCACGAGAACUCAAGCAUCCUGGAGCUGGAUGGGAAGGAGGUGUCCGAGUUCACCCCUUCCAAGCCGCGCGAGAAGUGGCUGAGGAAGAGGACUCACGUCAAGAUAAGGAAUGUAACAGCCAAUCACCGGGUGAACGACGCGGUGUUCACGGAGGACGGGCCGCAGGCGGUGGUGGGGCGCUUCAUGUACGGGCCGCUGGACAUGGUCACCCUGACGGGGGAGAAGGUGGACGUCCACAUCAUGACUCAGCCCCCCUCAGGCGAGUGGGUGUACUUCGACACGGAGCUGACCAAUAGCAGCGGCCGAAUAUCCUACUCCAUCCCAGAGGACAAGCGGCUGGGCAUCGGGGUGUACCCGGUCAAGCUGGUGGUCAGGGGAGACCACACCUUUGCGGACAGUUACCUGACGGUGUUGCCGUGGGGGACGGAGUUUGUGGUGUUCAGCAUCGACGGCUCGUUCGCCGCCAGCGUCUCCAUCAUGGGGAGCGACCCGAAGGUCCGAGCCGGAGCCGUGGAUGUGGUCAGGCACUGGCAGGAUUUGGGCUAUCUGAUAGUGUAUGUGACGGGCCGGCCGGACAUGCAGAAGCAGCGUGUGGUGGCCUGGCUCUCUCAGCACAACUUCCCGCACGGCAUCGUGUCCUUCUGCGACGGGCUGGUGCACGACCCGCUGCGCCACAAGGCCAACUUCCUCAAGGCCCUCAUCCAAGAGGCGCACAUGAAGAUUUUCGCGGCGUACGGGUCCACUAAGGACAUUUCGGUGUACACCGCCAUCGGUCUGCCGCCCUCGCAAAUCUACAUCGUGGGCCGGCCCACCAAGAAGCACCAGUGCCAGUUUAUCACAGACGGGUACGCGUCCCACCUGUCCCAGCUGGAGUACAGCCACCGCUCGGGUCCGGCCAAGACCAGCAGCAGCAGCCGCAUGGUCCUGCGCAAGGGCAGCUUCGGCCUGGGCACCAACGCCGACUUCCUGCGCAAGAGGAACCACCUGCUGCGCACCAUCUCCUCGCAGCCGGGGCCCACCUCGCCCACGGGCGGCCCCGCCCUCGGCCCCGCCCCCGGCCACGCCCACGCCCGCCCCGAGCGCACGCAGAGCCAGUCGGAGAGCGAGCGGGACCGGGCCGAGCGCUGCCAGCGCAGCAUGAGCAUCGCCGCCAGCUGCUGGGGCCGCGGGGGCGCCGGCGCCAAGCUGGAGCCCGGGGCCCUCAGCCCCAAGUAGGCCCCGCCCCCCACCCCGCGUGUCCACGGCAACGGGGCCGAAGAGGAGGAGGAGGAGGAGGAGGAGGUAGGAGGGGCGGGCAGUGUGGGAGGUGUUGGCUCCGCCCCCUCAAAGCCAGAGACGAAAGGUAGGGAGAGGAGGAGGAGGAGGAGGAGGGAGAGGAUGAGGAGGAAGAGGAUAGAAGAGCGCCCAUGAGAACAAACAUACGGUGCUACAAACCUCAUCUUUUAAAAAAAACACCUGAUUUAAAAACAUGGUUUCAUUCAUGGCUUUUACCCACUGAGAGUCGCUGGAGUACAACCUCUCACACCUCUCACAGCCCCCCCCCCGCCCCCCCACCCGAACCUCCGCCCCCCCAAAUACAUUUUUAAAACAUUUUAAAAGCUCUUAAGGAAAAGUGAACUGAUCCAAGCCUUAACAAUGCCGCGGUGGUUGUGUCGCUGCAGGGGAGGCGGCAGGGGGGCGCUGCGGCUGUUUUUACUGUUUCUCCUGCAGGUGAGAGGACUGUACCUGUAAAUAUGUGCCUCCUUUGCCCCUGGGCUGUGCAGAAGGGCGGGGCCGGGGCGGGGCCCGAGCUGGACUGGGCGGGGCAGGGCGUGGCAGACUGUUUCUUCACCAUCGUUUUGUUUCUCGCCGGUUAUUUCUGCUGCUCUGAGCUGCACCUCGCAGCGAGGCCCGCCCCCCUGCCCCUCCCCCCCUUCAACCGCCCUCCCCAUCGUCCCCCUGCCCCUCCCCCCCGACCCCCCCAGCCCCCAGCCCCUCCCCCCCGGGCCUUGCUGUACAGUAGCAUACGGCAAUAACGAGCCUCACGUACGUUCACAAAUGGAACACAGAUUUUUCCAGCAUGGCCUGCCGGUCACCAGGGGCCUUAUCUUCUGUUCCGGAUUUUAUUUCAUUUAAUUUUACUUUCAAUUUUUUAAACAUUCUGGUUUUUUUUCCCCAAAGAUUAAGGCUGAAAUGACAUUCAUUGAUCUGGGACUUAAUCUGGGGUCAACUCGUUUAAAUCGCUUUCAAAUGUACAGAUGUAAAAAUGUGACACAAUUCUGAAACGUGCACAAUUCUCUAACAUGGCAACAAUCCCUUUAUCUGGCUGUUUUGCAUGCAUUACCUCUGAAUCUCUUGUGGUGGAUCUCGAAUCCGAAUCUUACAGUGGAUCACGAAUCCGAAUCUUAUGGUGGAUGGUGAAUCUGAAUCUUAUGGUGGAUCAUGAAUCCGAAUCUUAUAGAGGAUUAUGAAUGUGAAUCUUAUGGUGGAUGACGAAGGUGAAUCUUAUGGUGGGUGAUGAAUUUGAAUCUUAUGGUGGUUCACAAAUGUGAAUCUUACGGUGGAUCACAAAUGUGAAUCUAAUGGUGGAUGACGUAUCUGAGUCUUAUGGUGGAUCACAAAUGUGAAUCUAAUGGUGGAUGACGUAUCUGAAUCUUAUGUUGGAUCACAAAUGUGAAUCUAAUGGUGGAUGACGUAUCUGAAUCUUAUGUUGGAUCACAAAUGUGAAUCUGGUGGUGGAUCACGCAGCUCCUGUCCUUCACCGACUCCUCGAGCCGCCUGCCAGUUUGGCACAAGGCUGGAGAACCCCUCAGCCUCUUCUCUCCUGGCGUAGACUGUCUGCACUCCUCUCCUGAGAGAGGAAAUCCACCUUUUUUUCACGUCAUUGGUGGUAUUCUCUGCUCCCUCUUUCUUGCAUGCUGGAUGGAGCUAAAGAAAGAAAGAGGAAGAAGGGAGGAAGACAGGAGUGGCUGUGAAGAUCCGGGGGGGAGGGAUUUAAAUAUUUUGGGGGAGGGGUUUGGGGUUGGUGUCUGGCCUCUGGAUGACCAUUGUAAAAACAACAAUUUUAAUGUAAAAAUCCAUGCCGAACUCCACCCUCCAACCUUAGCACCCCCUUGUGGUAGCACCAAGCAAAUGCAGUAUAAUUAAUUAUGUAGUGUAGACUUGGGGAAAAAAACGACACAACCUUGACCAAUCGCCAAAAUCAUUUUCAGAAAAGCUGUAGUAGCUGAACUGUAUAACCUCAUUGUUUUUGCACUAAGUUUAUAGUGGAGGAUCUCGUUACCAUCUCAUGUUGCUACACAUCGUUAUCUUGUAGUGCAUGAUAGCUGUUAUUUAUUGCAGGGUAUGUGUGCGUCCGUGCACACGCGUGUACAUUUCUUCACUAUCAGGAUUUGAAAAAUGUCAUGGUAACGUGCCAAAAAAUGUGGCAGUUGGUGGGCGUGCAUAUUAAGUGGAUGAGCCUGUGUCCAACACUUCCUUUGUGCUGUUGUACAGGAGUUUGAACUUUGAACUCUGAACGCAUAGAUUCAUAGGCAUCUGAAGAAAGUUCUAGAGCACAGAUGACCUUAGCAAGGCAGACAUCUAUUGAUUUUUAUAGAUGAUCGGGAGCACCCAGGAUGUAACUGAAUAUCAUUUUUUAAAUGUGGCAUUCCCUGAAUGCCUUUUUUUCAGGUUUAUUUUAGAGGAUGUAAUGUUCUUUUAGAAAAUCAUAGGUAACAUUAGAAAUUAGACUUGUACAGUAUUUUGUUUCUGUAAAGUGUUAACACUGGAAUGGUAUUAAUGUUUGUUCGGUUUUAUUUUUUCAUACCUGUGGUACUAAUAUCCCACGCUGAUAAACAUUUGGAAGUGUUGGACCCAGACUCCCACUGAAAAUAAGCUGAAAACGAGGAAUUGAAUGUGUUCAUAGGAAAAUGAAUAUAACUUCGCUUAAACACGCAAAGGCUUUGCAAAAGAUUUAAAAAUUUAAAAAGUGCAUAGUGUAGAUAAUGUAAAGAUUAUGUACAUGUCAUGGAGUAGGAAUCUACAGUUGAUAAUUAUUUAUGUAGAUUUAUAAGGUGGUGGAUCAUUCAGGUUUAAUAUAUUUAAACAAUGUAGCGUUUUUCUGUUCCAGGCCUGUGUAAAAUAGCCAUUUUAUGGACCAAUGAUCAUGUAUUUACCCAUCAGUGCAUAAGUGCAGUAUUAUUAUUAAGCUUCACUCUGUAGCAGAACCACUGAGGGGUAUAGAAAUCACAGCAUUGACAAUCAGUCUGUCAGGCACACAGCUCUCUCCCACCUGCACCACUGACUGGAACACACACACAAACACGUACAUAGCCACAAACACACACACACACACACACACACACAAACACACGCACACACAUAGCCACAUACACACACACAUACCCACAUAUACACACAUAAACACACAUACAUACCCACAUACACACACACACACACGUACCCACAUAUACACACAUAAACACACAUACAUACCCACAUACACACUCACAUACCCACACACACACAGGACUAGGUAGCAAAGGGAACAGGUUCUGCUACUCUUAAGCAGAUGGGAAACACUUCACUUUUACCCUCUUCCUGUGAGUGCCCGCUCCAUUUUAACAUUUUGAUCUUGAGCUCAGACACAGAGCUGUGCUCUGAUGUAUUCUGGGAGCUUUUAUAGAUUCUAGAUGCUUCUGGAAUGGGUUCUGUGGCAGAAACGCCUCCAAACGAGCCCCUUUCUGCUGAGGGGAAGGAGUGCUGUUCCUGACAGAGGGAUAGAAAUGAGCAAGUUUGGAGCUCACGCACACACACACACACACACGCAAACACACACACACACGCACACACACACAAACGCACACACACGCACACACACGCAAACACACACACAUGCACACACACUCAAACACACACACACACACACACUCAAACACACACUCACAUGCACACACACACACACACACAUGCACUCACAUACACAAACACACACACACAUGCACACUCACACACACACACACACAUGUACACUUACAUACACACACACACACACACACACCACAGAACACACAAACAAGAGUAAUAUUUUACACGUCACUCCUCAUAUGGGAACACCCAGCACAGACCCCCCACGUUACCUACCGUCCCUUUGUAAUUACUGGCACACAAUACCAUUUUUUAGAAAUGUAAAAAGGAAAAAAAAAACAAGAUAUUUUUCAAACGUUUCUACUAGGGGUGAAAUAUUGUGUGCUUUCUGGGACUUGCGUUUUCGGCGUCGGGCGAGACGGCAGAAUGGUUAAAUAAAGGGAAGUACUCCAUUAUGAAGAGCACGCCGCGACCCUGCAUUGUGACUGUACAUUUGGGAUGAAAUUAGCCGCAUCGUAGCCAGGUUUCCCAUCGGACCGCAUGACUCAUUCGGCCCCGAGCGAAACAGCAGUAUUCCCGACGGACGGAAUUCCGACGUUCUUCUUUUCCGUGUGUGGAUGCAACAGCGUUUCCCCCCCCCCCCCCGGCCUCACGUUUCCACCUGUUACAUUCCACAUCAACAUCAACAUCCACGGAGGAGAACAAACCCAACGAGGGACCUUUUUUUGUGCAUUUCUUUCAUUUACAGGGGAAUGUUUGAAGCUACACCGCAGCGGUUAUACAUAAAGAGGAAUUUUAGAGCGGGGGGGGGACAAAAAAUGCACCUUCACCCGCUGCCAUGGUUACGAACUGACGAAAACCAAAAACGACAAGUCGGUUUGCUGCUCGGAUUUGGAUUUCCUGUAUUUAUUUGAAAGAUGUAAGGAAGAAAAAAAAAAGUUUCGAUCUGUUGCUCUCCUGUCUGUCCUCUUCAUAACGUCGUCUGUCUUUUCCUGGCUGUUAGUACAACGCUCCAGUACCAGAGUGUGCUUUCUGUACAGUUUCACUGUACGUACUGUGGAUCCAAAACCAGUUUGGACUGCUAUUUUAUUCUCUCCUCGUAUUUUAUGUACAGCAUAUAAAUAAAUAUUAAGAGAAAGAA